UCAAGCAGACAUGAGAACUGAUAAAGAAAGUUCCACGAAUUGGCCCUCGAUGGCUGUUAUGUUUGCAGAAAAGGGCACGGAUAUAACCCCUACAAAAGACCAAGGACUAAUUAAGGUUGUCAGGCGUCAAGGGCAUGGAGAAUGCCCAAUGAUGGGGGACAAAGUGACAAUCCAUUACACUGGAAGUUUCCUCACUGGAAAGAAGUUUGACUGUAGCCGAGAUCGUAAGGCGCCGUUUUCCUUCAAUGCUGGCAAGGGACAAGUUCUCAGAUCAUGGGAUCUCGGCGUGUUAUCGAUGCAAACAGGAGAGGUGUGCACGUUGCUGUGUCAACCAGAGUACGCUUACGGCGCCACUGGAAAUCUAGACAAAAUUCCUCCCAACUCGUCAGUGCUUUUUGAGAUAGAACUGCUCAAAUUCGACUUAGGAGAGACACUCACAAAUGAUGGCGGCCUCGUCCGAAGAAUAAAGGUCAAAGGGGACAGAGGCUUGAAGCCCAAUGACGGCGGAGUCGUAGAUGUGCAUCUGGAGGGGAGCUGUGACGGUCGACUGUUUGACAUCAGGGACGUCAGCUUUGUUGUCAGUGAGUCAGUGGAUAAAGGUGUUCCUCUGGGAGUAGACCGUGCCAUGGAUAAGAUGGACAAAGCAGAAUGUUGCAUACUCUACUUAACACCAAAGUAUGCUUAUGGACGCAAAGGAAAGCCAGAAUUUCAAAUUGGGCCAGACAAGGACAUUGUAUAUGAGGUAACCCUCAAAAGUUUUGAAAGGGCAAGAGAGCCCUGGGAAAUGGACGAGCAGGAAAAGCUAAGCCUGGCUUUAGAAAUCAAGCAAAAAGGGAAUCAGUAUUAUAAGGCAGGACACUACUACCAUGCUGUCAUCCAAUACGAGCGUAUUGUUUCCUGCCUUGAGGUGAUGUCUGAUAACAAUUUGGAGGAGAAGAGGCAAAUUCGUGACCUUUGCUUGUCAGCCCACCUCAAUUUAGCCUUGUGCUCACUGCGCCUUCAAGAUUUCUCUCUGGUAGUAGAGUACUGCAACAAGGUGAUCAAACUUGACAAAAGCAACGAGAAAGCCUUGUAUCGCCGGGGCGAGGCUCGUCUUCUCCGAAACGAGUUCAGCCUGGCCUUGGCGGAUUUUCAACACGUGCUGCAAGUCAAUCCUGCCAAUCGAGCAGCUCGCAGUCAGAUUUCAAACUGCCAAAGCAAGAUUAAGGAAUAUAACGAGGUGGACAAAAGGAUUUACGCCAAUAUGUUCCAGAAGUUUGCAGAACGUGACACUAAGCAACAGGAUGGGAAGACAAAGAGGAAGUGCGAUAAUAGCGUGAGGAGCACCAUGAACGGCGAACUGGGCCUUAAACUGCGACGGAGCCAGGACCGCCCGUCAUGACGUCUGGGAGGAAAUAAAAUCAAAGACUUCUUCAGGCAAGGAGCAGAGGUGCAUCGGAGCCUCCAAUCCAUACUCCGAUAUUCCCAUUCCAAAGCAGAGUAGAAUAUACCUGUUUGAAAAUACUUGUGAGUGGCGUUUGGACUAUUUUUUUGGAAAUUCCAUUUACCUUCAUCUUACAUGGCUCCUGAGAUAACGUGCAAUUCGUUCUUUGGAUCAAAUCCAUAAGUGAUGUUUGCAAAAAUGGCUUUAAACUGAACACAACAAUUGUCUUCUUUUCUGAAAAAUUACCUUUGUCUCGUAGAAGCAUUCAAAAAUGCAUUGCCUUAUUUCUAAAUGAGUUAAUACUAAUAGGAAAAAAGCACAAAUGAAAGAUGCCAAAAAGAUAUAGCCUUUUAUUUGCAAUCUCCAGCAAACAUAUUUAAGGGGUGUAAAAAUUGGUUUCGGAUUCAAAGAUGCAAGUGCAUCAAAUUAAAACAAAUCUAAUCGUUCCACUUCAAUAUCGGACCGUCCUUGAAUCGUAUCGCACCCCAUUUUUCAAGCUAUGGAUCACGGCAAUUUACUCAAGCCAAAAAAAUGGCAAAACCUUUACAUUAAACAAGUUUUCAUCAGAAAUUUAGCUGAGUCAUUUUGGUUAUAUUUAGGAAUUAUUUUUAUCACAAACAUUUGAUAUCUACUUAAACAUUAUGCAAACUACUGAAAAAAGACUUGCGAAUAAUAUACUAGCAAAGUAAUUUAAAAAAAAUAUCAAAGUUGAAUAAAAUAUUUCCUACCCAUAUUGACCAUUUAAGGUCCCGGAAGUACACAGCAUAUUCUUUUAACCCUCCCCGCCCCCUCCAAAUUCCUUCCACUUUCCAAAUUCACAAAUCUAGCCGGGAUAAGAUUCAAUUUAUAUUAAUCCAAGCAUAGUAUUAAUCUUCUCAAUUUAACGCAUUCAAUAGCUGUUGAAUGGGAACCAGUUCUGUCUGAUGAAUGACGUUGCACCUUCGGGACCGAUACGAGAUCCUAAUAUGAUUUUGAAGCAAUGAGUACAGUUGAAACUGGUGGCAGCUUUAACAAAUGAACACUGAUUUUAAACUUGGGUUUCAACACAAAUGUAUUAAGUGUCCAGAAAAAUAGAAUUCCUAAACAUGGCAUCAUUUAAGGUGGCCUAUUUCUUUCCUUCUUGUGGCAAAAUGUCAGAAAUGCCCUUAAUGUCCAUUUGUACUUUCUGCAUGCUAACUUUGACAUAAGCAAAGAAAGGCAAAAUUAGGUGUGGUCUUUCAAAGGACACAUUUCAAGAUAAGCAUGAGAAAUGCAAGUAAAUGAGGGAAAGUCAAGAUCAAAUCGAAAUGGGAUCAUUUGAUGGAACAAGUGCUCCUUUAUGGAUGUCUUUUUUUUUUAUCGUGUGAAUGUUAAUAGCAAUGCACUUUGGUCAGACAAUCUUUUGACUAAAUGUCUGGGAAAGUACCAGACAAUAAUUUUGAGAUGUUUUAGAAACAUUGAUAUGUUAAAAACUAAAAACCUUAACAGUCUUAAAUAUGUUGCAUAUCAUUGUGCGAGUGGUAAUAUUAAUUCAUUUUGAAAUGACUAUAAUCAUUUUCGACAGUGAAUGUGGGCAUGAAGUACUUUUCUAUCGUUAUAACACCCCACACAAAACAAAGUGCAUAAUUGGCAUAAAUAGAUAAAACCAAACAAAAGAAGCACUUUCAUAAUUGGUUUUGAACGGAAGCUACGGGUUUUUCCUUCACGUUUACAUGCAAUCACACUUGUGUUUCAUGUUUGAACUUGGCAUUGAAGCAAAACAAACACUUACAGGCAGAAAUGAUGUAAGGUACCAUUGUUACAGUGUUAUAUGUAUUUUUUGUAUUUGUAUACAGUUUCUGCACUUCAGAAAGCAUAAAUAAACAUUUGCAUUCACGAAA